AUGCUCGCCCUCUUAACCACGCUAGCGCUCGUGCUCGUGGCGCCAGCCCCUCCAGGCCGCGUGGUUGCCCUCGGCGACCUCCACGGCGACGCCGCCGCCGCCGUCACCGCGCUCACCGCAGCCGGCCUGAUUGACGCAGACUUGCAUUGGUCUGGCGGCGACGCGACCCUCGUGCAGCUCGGCGACGUGCUAGACCGCGGCGGCGAGGAGUUUGCGCUGUGGGGGCUGCUUGAGCGCUUACGCCUCGAGGCGCGCUCUGCGGGCGGGCGCGUCGUGACCCUGCUCGGCAACCACGAGGUGUUGAACGCGCUGGGCAAGGCGGCCACUUACGUGCACCCGGCCGGGCACGCUCAGUUUGGGGACGACCGGUGUGCCGCGUUCCGGCCGGGCGGGGCGCUCGCCGCCCGCCUCGCCGACGACUUCCCGGUCGUCGCCGUGGUCGGCGACAGCGUGUUUGCGCACGCCUCGCUGCCGCGCGGCGCCACGCUCGGGAGCCUCGCGAGGCUCAACGCCGAGACGCGCGCCUGGCUGCUCGGCGAGCGGCCGGCGGGUCCGCCGCCGCUGCUCCUCGGCGGCCGGGACAGCCCCGUGUGGGACCGCACCUUCUCGGCGCCGGGCGGGGAGGAGCCGGCCGCGAGCGACUGCGAGGCGCUGCGCGACACGCUGCGAGGACUGGGCGCCUCCCGCCUCGUCGUGGGGCACACGCCGCAGACGCGCGUCAACGGCGCGUGCGGCGGGGCCGUGUGGCGGUGCGACACGGGCUGCAGCAGGUGGGUGAUGUGCGGCCCGGUCGAGGCGCUCGAGAUCCAAGGCGGCGCCGUCCGUGUCCUGAGACGGGGGACGGCGAGGGAGGCUGCCCGGGACGCGCUCCUGACGGCGGAGGACGCGCUCGCGGAGCCGGAGUGCGGAGAGGCCUUCCUGAACUGA